AUGAUGUUGAGCAUGCAACUAAGUAAAGAAAAUGAAUUUCUUCAAAAAAUCAAAGUACUGGAAAAGCAACUACUCAAAAGAGACACCCUCCUGGAGGAAUUAAACAACCUUUUGAAAAAAAGAAAAUAUGAAUACGAAUUGUUGUUACAGGAAAAAGAAAACCUAACAAAUACUGUUAACAUGAUGAGAAGUGAUAUGUGUAAAAAUAGGAAGAAGGAAAAACUAAAGGAAGAAGAAUAUUUAAAUAAUGAAAAAGAAAGUGAAAAUUUCUUAAAUCUGUAUAAAAAUAAUAAUGAAGAAUUACACAUCACCAAGAGAUGCUUAAUACAAAUUGAGACCGAACUACAUUUGUAUAAAAAACAAAACGAAAAACAGAAAAAUGAAAUCCAGAGGCUGUACAAAAUAAUUAGCUGUAUGAACAAAGAAAAGGCUCUUACCCCCCCCGUCGUAUUAGCUUUACAAAAUGAUUAUGUCAGAGGUAGAAAUAGUAAGGCGCUAAAUGAAUAUAUGCAAGUGAAGACUAUUCAAGAUCCCCCCCCGGGUCUUUCAACACAAAUGGAGAAUAAGGUAACCAUACUGAAGCACAUGAGUCCUGAAAAAAAACUGCAGCAACGGAUGACCUAUGAUGAUAAUUUACUAAAAUUAAAUUUAAUGCAAUCGCAGGAACAGAAAAAUCUAUUUAAUAAAAUAUUAGAAACGUUAAACAAAAUUCAGCAUGUGAAAUAUGGCGAUAAUAAAAUUGAUUUUUUCUUUUCUUCCAACGUUUUGCACUUUUUUGAAAGCAACAAGGAACAGAAAUUAUUGUGCACUAAUAAUGGAUCACUAAAUAAUUUAUUCAGCAUAACCACCGAGUCGGCGGAAGACUCCAGCCAUUUUAAAAAGAACAAGAAAAAAAAGGAAAGGCGGGGAGUUGGUCCAAAGCACACAUUAGCAGGGUCGGAAGACAGCUCCAGCGAAGACGAUGACAGCGAUGCACAGCACGGCCUUGGAGACAAGACGACCACCAUCAGUGAUGACACGAGUCACGGCACAAGUGAAGAAACCACCAGCGAGGAAGACACACACAGUGAUGGUGAAGGUGGGGAAAGCGAAAGCAGCGGUAGUACAAGCAGUGAUAGCAAAAGUAGCCAUAGCAAAAGCAACGAUGACGCGAGCAGCGAUUCACAGAGCGACUCGCAUCCCUCCUGUGCCAAACGGGGAAAUCAGAAAGGAGGCAACAGCGACGAGUCAGCAAGUGACACAGAUGAAGACAACAUCAACCAUAUACAGAACAAACGAAGUUACACAGGAAAUAAGAGGGCCCUGUUAAAUUAUGAGAAUUAUAAAGAAAAAUUCAUAGGAAUUACAAAUAAAGAAAUAUUUAUAUAUAGCAAAAAAGGGGACGAAGAUCCAGUGUACGUUCUAAAAAAUAAAAAUGUUAAAAAUGUGAAGACGUUUUAUAGUAAGCAGGUAUAUAUGUUGGAGUAUAUCUCAUUCGACAACACUCUACAAAAGCAUUAUUUUUUAAUAAAAAAUGACGAUAAGUCACUGAGAAUGUACUACGCUUUGCAGUACGCAGGGUUUAUCAAACAUGACAUGGACAAAUUUGAAGGGGAGGAAGAAAACAAAAGGGAUAACGUGGGAAGAUUAAACAAAAAUUAUCAUGAGAACAAAGCACAAAGUGUAAGUGAUCAACAGGAAAAGGCUUCAUAUUACAGCAAACUAAGUUCGACCUCCCCCCAAAUUAUUGUAAAUAUAUUUACCCCCAAUGGGAUUGACAAAAAUGGUAAUAACAUACCUUACUUAUGUAGUAAUGUACUAAUGAAGAGAAGCCCCCAAAAUAAUCAUCUAAUGCUUAAAAAUUUUGACAAUAAAAAGGCUCUUAUUAACUGCCAAGAUUAUCAUAUGGAUUAUAAAAAUAAUAAGUUCACCCUCUAUUUUAAUGACUUUAAAGAUCAGCAUAUUAUUUUGCCAAAGAGUAAAGGGUGCACGGAUAUCCUGCAGGACAUCCUAAAUCAAAUGAGCUGGAAAAAUUCGCACCAGCUUUACGAAUUUGGCAACAAAGAUGCACACGAUGAUGAAGAUGUGGACAGCUCUGACGUGCCUUCUUACGACUCGGAAGGGUUAACCGCGGGAAAGGGGAAAUAUAAUGCUAGGGAAAAAAUGGGCGAGCGGGGGGCCAACACAGGUAGAGCAGUGGAUAGGGAGAUAUACACGGAAAGGGAGAGGAACGGAGAAUGGGUUAGAGAUGGGGCUAGAGAUGAAUCCAGAGAUGGGCUUAGAGAUAGGGACAAGGAGGGAGGCAAAGAUGGAGGAAGAGACUUCUUUAGAGAAUUGGACAGAUCACGUAGUAGAGAAAUGGACGCGAAAAGGGAAAGCGAACCCGAGCAUAAAAGCGAAAGCGACAGAAAAAUGGGAAUCCCGAGAAAGGGUUUAAUGGAUAAGGGAGUCGAAAGAGAGAGCGACAAAGCGAAGGAACGAGAGCGGGAACAGGAGUUGGAAGGAGAGAAAGAACGAGAUGGGGAGAAAGGCACGGACGAUAGAAAGGAUGACAUCCUGGCAAAUUCGAACAUUCCGGACAAAAUGGAAGACACGUUCUGUAUAAAAGAUAAUGUAAUUUACAUAUCCAAAGAUGGCACCCCUUUUAAGGACCAAAUGAGCUUCAAUGAUGAAAACGCUUUUAAAUUCCAAAACGAAAAUUUGCAGAUACUGAGAGAUGAUGGCGCGCAAGAAUUAACCUUUAUAAAGAGCGAAGAAAAUAAAGAUGAAGAGACCUACAUUUUUCACUACCCCAAGAAGGAGAAGUAUGAUAAUUUUAUAUCCAAAUUAAGUAAGAACAAUUUUAACGUGAUUCAGAAAAAUGUUUAUGAUAAAAUGAAAAAGCAAGGAAAAAACGAAGAAAUGGAAAAAAAAUCAUUUAAUGCAGAGUCAGACGGAAAGACCGAACCAGGGGAGGAAAAAAUAGAGAAAACGGAUAAAUUUAUUAAAAAUAACCAAGUAGUUGUCAUCGAGAAGGGAGUAUUAUCAAUUUAUAAAGAUUACGGAAACGAGAAUUCUGUUCCCAUAAUCAAAUUUACAUCCGAUUUUUGUGAUGUACAAGCAAAUGAACAAAAUGGAGAAAUUAGCAUAAACGAAACGUCAAAAGAUUCUAAUGAUAGAAUUGUUCUCGAUUGCUUAAAUAAAACAGAAUUCCAUAGGUGGAAAAACGCGCUAUGUUUCGGUGGCUUUAUAAAAGGAGAAAGUGUCAGCAGUUCCUACAUGAAUUUGAAAAAACACAUAUUCUCCAUCAAUUUAUUUGACAACAUGGACAUAAAAAGUUUAGUCCGAGUAAAUAACAAUUUUAUAUACAUUUAUCCAAAUAACGAAAUGAGCAAACCCUUAUUUUCCUUUGACAAGGAAAAAAUAGAAUUGGUGCUAAUUUCGGACCUAAGGAAAAUACGAAUUUAUAUGCAAAGGGAUACCCUAUAUGAGCAGCGAUACGAUAUAAUCAUUUCGUUGGCGCGCGAUUUCGCGAGCAUUAAAGAGGAAAUAGAAAAGUACAAUUUUCACUCAAUAAAUAAGAAAAAAACUCAAAAAAUAAGAAAGCCCUUUGUGCUGUGCAAAACGGAUAUUAUAGCUAUACAUAAGGAUAAAUAUAAAUUAAAACCGGACCUUAUACUGGACAAAAAAAACUGCACAGUUUCAUAUGAUAAAGACAAAUUCACGAUCACCUUUAACAUUAAAAGUAAAUUAGAUACCACUCAGGAAGACAUAAAAACCCUUACCCUAUCUAAUGCAGUUAAUUUUAACAAAUGGUUGGUCACACUAAAAGUGGCUUCCUUCAUACCUGGCCUUUACGAACUAGAAGAUGGCAUCUCCUUUCCCACCAUCAUUUUUGGGCAUACCUGUCCCGAGGCAACUAGCUUACUUGGGAAGAGAAAUUCGUUCAUGGAUUUUUUUAAAAAAUAA